GGCUGGACAAGGGUCACCCAGCUGAAGAGCAGCAGUAGACCCACGGAUAGGCCUGUCAGCAAGGGGCCUGACCUCCUUCUCUGGAUGCCCAUGAGAGUUCACCACCACCCCUGUCCUGGUCCUGGGAACCCCAACAUCUCUCUUUCUAGGCCAUGACUGCAGACAAUAAGGAAAUAAAAAUCAAAGCCCCAAGGCCCUCGGGCACCAUUAAUACGAGCCUGAAGCUUCUCUAUCACAGGCUUUUAGAGAGAGAUGACAGGGACUGGGUUUUUAUCUCCUGUUGGAAAACAUGGGGCCUGCAUUGCCAAACUGCUGAGGGAGAGAAGGCUCAAAGGACUAGAGGACAGAAUGAGGGAUGAGAGAGCAGCUGAGCCAUUAGUAUGAAGAACAAACAAGCAUUUAGAGCCAAAUAUGUUUCUACCCAUUCUCCAACUUCCAGGCUGCCAUGGAAGCUCUGGGAAUUCUGACCCUCCUAUUUCAGGUCCCAGAGACCUCAGUUCCAGCAUGUGGGGCUUCCCUCCCUAACCUCUGCUACAUGGCAACCACCAAGACUAGCUGAAAACCAAGGGUGACUCCUUUCAUUAGCUUUUCCCCUGAGCCUUAUCUGCCCCAGCUACCAGCCAGAACACAAAAGCUACCUGUCUGAUUAGAGUAUACUUAGCUAAUAGGGAACCCCCUCUCACAGAGAAGUUCUAUAGGGAUCACCAGGUUUCUCUUACCCCUCAGCUGCCCUAAGGCAGAGAAUUUCUCCAGAAGGCCACCAGCCAGCAGAAUUAAGUGUUAUUCUAGUGCCUACCCAGGCCUGACAACAUCAUGAUCCCAGGACAGCAAUGACAACACUCAUCACCCCAGGGGCCCACAGAAGAUGCCUAGAGACUGACAUAGGAGCUCUCAUGGCAUAAGAAGACAGUGCAAAUUUCAUCUGCAACACUGAGGACAAAGGCAGUUCCUGCAGAAACGUCACAGCUACCUGGGAGCCUAAGUCUGAAGCAAUUAGGCAGGGCUCCCAGUGAAUGCUCUGAUUUUUCAGGUCAGUCCCUAGGGUCUCCUGGAGGGCCCAAAGGUAGACUCCCCUGCCCACAGAACCUGGCCCAUCCCUACAGGGAGAACUAUUUUUAGAACACUUGGAGAAUUUUCAGAGCUUUUACAGGUUGAAGAUUGUUCAUGGGGGGAGCUUCUGGGAGAAGCUGUCUCUGAGUCUGAGGGUAUGUGGAUUGUCCUUUCUUCCCACUCCCAUAGUCCCCUGAGCCUUGGCCACCCUGGAUUCAGAGCACUGUGAGGCCACUGCCUUAUUUCUUGUCUGUCUUCCUCUUUUCCACAGACUGUGGGCUCCCAGAGAGCCAGGCUUAUGUUCUUGCACCCCCAACAGAGCACACUGAGCUGGGGGCUGCGAUGCUGAAGGCAGCUGUCCACAUCACUUGCUCUCUGCGCCGGGCAUGUCAGCUCCAGAGAAAUUCAUCUGGGGCAGGCCCAACUCGGCCCGCUGAAUUAGCCUCCACGAUCCCCGGGCCUCCCCGGCGCCAGGGGGCGCUGUAAACGUUCCGUCCGGGCCCCCGCGGCCGCAGUCGCCCGCCCCAUCCGCGCGAUGGGCUCCGAGGCGGCGCAGCUGCUGGAGGCUGCCGACUUCGCGGCUCGCAAGCACCGGCAGCAGCGGCGGAAGGACCCCGAAGGGACCCCCUACAUCAACCACCCCAUCGGUGUGGCACGGAUCCUGACCCACGAGGCGGGAAUCACUGACAUUGUGGUGUUACAGGCGGCCCUGCUCCAUGACACGGUGGAGGACACGGACACCACCCUGGAUGAGGUGGAGCUACACUUUGGGGCACAAGUGCGGCGCCUGGUGGAGGAGGUAACAGAUGACAAGACUCUGCCCAAGCUGGAGAGAAAGAGGCUGCAGGUGGAGCAAGCGCCCCACAGUAGCCCCGGGGCCAAACUGGUGAAGCUGGCAGACAAGCUGUACAAUCUGAGGGACCUGAAUCGCCGCACCCCAGAGGUAAAAAUACAAUAGCUGGGCCAAGGGGAAGUUUUCAGGACAGCUCAUUCCAUCAGGAACUCAUGGCCUUGAACCAAGCUUGCCAGGAAGUGGGGAAAAGGCAGUGCUUUCCUUGACAUCACGCUAGCAAGUUUCUGUUGACUCUUAUGCAGGAUGGUCAGAACAUCGAGUCCAGGAAUACUUCGAGUGGGCAGCGCAGGUGGUGAAGGGGCUUCAGGGAACAAACCGGCAACUGGAAGAGGCUCUAAAGCAUCUGUUCAAGGAGCGGGGGCUGACACUCUGAUCAGUGCUUGAAGCUAUCCAGAGGCACAACUCCAGCUUCGUUCAGGCCGGAGAGGAUUCAUACGCCAUCUUUUCUGUGUCUCCAGAGCUCCCUCCAUCCUUCCCAGAUAUUAGAGGUCAAAAAAAGACUUGCGUUUUUUCUCAAUCUGAAGGUCUCCUGCUAACUAAGCUGAGCCCCGCGUGUGGGAAUCAGAUGUACCCAUCCAUUUCUGAUGCACUCACUGCCUCUCCCCAAGUCUUGGGUCUGUUUGCUAUUUUGCAUGGUGGGAUCUCUGGCCCCUCAGGGACUUGAGAUUAUAUAAGUACUAGUUCCUAAGACGUUAUGGAAAAUAAAAAUAACUGUGGAUUAAGGUUU